UCGUCUGAGGAAAGGAGAAGAUGGCGCCUUCCACAACUGUUUCCUCGAAAUUUUAGUGAGAGAGGUGGUUUUUUUUUCAUUCAGAAAAUUUGAAAUUCGGAAACAUCAUUGGAACUGUGGUGCAAUCAUUAUAUGUGUUCUAAUGGCCUCGGCACCUGUCGUAGUGCAGCCAGCGACCCCUUCAUCCGUCCUCCUGCAACCGCGCUGGAAACGUGUUCAGAAUUGGUCUGGACCUGUACCCCGACCUCGACAUGGUCAUCGUGCUGUAUCUAUUAAAGAACUUAUCGUAGUUUUCGGUGGUGGUAACGAAGGCAUCGUGGACGAACUACACGUAUAUAAUACGGCAACCAAUCAAUGGUUUAUCCCUGCUGUUCGAGGAGACAUUCCUCCAGGCUGUGCAGCCUAUGGCUUUGUGUGUGAUGGAACUCGCCUUCUUGUCUUUGGUGGGAUGGUGGAGUAUGGAAAGUAUAGCAAUGAUCUAUAUGAAUUACAGGCAAGCAGGUGGGAAUGGAAGAGGCUCAAAGCAAAGUCACCUAAGAAUGGGCCCCCUCCUUGUCCUCGUCUUGGACACAGCUUCUCUCUUGUGGGUAACAAAUGUUACCUCUUUGGGGGUCUAGCCAACGACAGUGAAGAUCCCAAGAAUAACAUUCCAAGGUACCUGAAUGAUCUCUACAUCUUGGAAUUAUGUCCAGGUUCAGGUGUGGUGGCUUGGGACAUUCCUAUUACCUAUGGGGUCUUGCCCCCACCCCGGGAGUCCCAUACAGCCGUAGUUUAUACAGAAAAGGACAAGAAGAAAUCCAAGCUGGUCAUUUAUGGGGGAAUGAGUGGCUGCAGGCUGGGUGACCUUUGGACCCUAGAUAUUGAGACUCUAACAUGGAAUAAACCCAGCCUCAAUGGAGUGGCUCCUCUUCCUCGAAGUCUUCAUUCUGCUACUACCAUAGGAAACAAAAUGUAUGUGUUUGGUGGCUGGGUACCUCUUGUCAUGGAUGAUGUCAAAGUAGCCACACAUGAGAAGGAGUGGAAGUGUACCAGUACACUGGCGUGUCUUAACCUAGAUACUAUGACAUGGGAGACAAUCGUAAUGGAUAUGUUGGAGGACAGUGUUCCCCGAGCUCGGGCUGGUCAUUGUGCUGUGGCCAUCAAUACCCGACUCUACAUUUGGAGUGGAAGGGAUGGCUACCGAAAAGCCUGGAAUAACCAGGUUUGCUGUAAGGACCUCUGGUACUUGGAGACAGAAAAGCCCCCAGCUCCAUCCCGGGUACAUUUGGUUCGAGCAAACACAAAUUCCCUAGAGGUGAGCUGGGGAGCAGUGUCAAGAGCUGAUAGCUACCUCCUGCAACUUCAGAAAUAUGACAUUCCUCAUACAGCAGCUUCUACCUCACCAGUGGCUAAUCCAGUUCCUUCUGUGCCUGUCAAUCCUCCCAAAAAUUCUGCCCCAGCUAUCAUAGACCCUACAGUAGUACAGCCACUUACUCAAGUGGGCAUCACACUUCUCCCUCAAAGUUCUGUGACUCCCCCAACCACUACCUCUAUCCAGGUUUUGACAACAGUCCCUGGAAGUUCUGUUACUGUGCCGACCAUGACUAGAACUCAAGCAGGUGUUACUACUGUUCUUAAAGUAACUGGCCCCCAGGCCACAACAGGAAACCAGUUAGUCACUGUCCGGCCCACCAGCCAAGCGGGAAAAGCACCUGUCACUGUCACUUCAUUGCCUGCUGGUGUACGGAUGGUUGUACCAACGCCAAGCUCUCAGGGCACGGUGAUGGGUAGCAGUCCUCAGAUGAGUGGAAUGGCAGCUCUGGCAGCUGCUGCAGCUGCCACCCAGAAGAUCCCUCCAUCUACUCCUACAAUGUUGAGUGUUCCUGCAGGCACUACUAUUGUUAAAACUGUGGCAGUAUCACCUGGAACUACCACUUUACCAGCUACUGUGAAGGUGGCUUCCUCACCAGUCAUGGUGAGCAACCCAGCCACUCGAAUGCUUAAGACAGCAGCCGCCCAAAUUGGGACAUCUGUCUCAUCAGCUAGCAGUACUCCUACUUGUCCCAUCAUUACUGUUCACAAGUCAGGCACAGUAACUGUGGCUCAGCAAGCCCAGGUGGUGACCACUGUUGUGGGAGGAGUCACCAAGACUAUCACACUAGUGAAGAGUCCAAUCUCUGUUCCAAGUGGGAGUGCUCUGAUUUCUAAUCUUGGCAAAGUUAUGUCAGUUGUUCAAACCAAACCUGUACAGACCUCAGCAGUAACAGGCCAGGCUUCCACUAACCCCAUGACACAGAUCAUCCAGACAAAGGGAACUUUGCCAGCAGGGACCAUUCUGAAACUAGUGACAUCAUCAGAUGGCAAACCUACCACUAUCAUCACAACAACCCAGGCCAGUGGGACAGGAACGAAGCCAACCAUCUUGGGCAUCAGCAGUGUCUCUGCUAGUAGCACAAAACCUGGCACCACUACCAUCAUCAAAACUAUUCCCAUGUCAGCCAUCAUCACCCAGUCUGGAGCAACAGGUGUAACCAGCAGCCCUGGAAUAAAGUCUCCCAUCACCAUUAUCACCACAAAAGUUAUGACCUCUGGCACAGGAACACCUGCCAGAAUCAUUACUGCUGUCCCUAAAAUUACUACUGGCCAUGGUCAGCAAGGAGUGACCCAGGUUGUACUGAAGGGAGCCCCAGGGCAGCCAGGGACCAUACUCCGCACAGUGCCCAUGAGUGGAGUGCGGCUUGUUACCCCUGUCACAGUGUCAGCUGUUAAGCCAACAGUCACCACAUUAGUAGUGAAGGGCAACACUGGUGUUACAACUUUAGGGACUGUAACAGGCACUGUGUCCACCAGUCUUGCUGGAGCCAGUGGGCAUAAUAUCAGUGCUUCUCUCGCUACUCCUAUCACCACUUUGGGCACCAUUGCCACCCUUUCAAGCCAAGUGAUUAAUCCUGCAGCCAUUACUGUUCCAACAGCACAGACCACAGUAACAGCAGCUGGGGCUCUCACUACUCCUGCCAUUACUAUGCAGCCUGUCUCUCAGCCCACUCAGGUGACGCUGAUUACAACACCGAGUGGUGUGGAGAGCCAGCCAGUACAUGAUCUCCCUGUCUCCAUCCUGGCCUCACCUACAACAGAACAACCUACAGUUACAAUUGCUGACGCGGGCCAAGGUGACAUACAGCCUAGUACUGUGACUUUGAUGUGUUCUAACCCACCAUGUGAAACCCAUGAGACGGGUACCACCAACACAGCAACCACAAGUGUUGUAGCCAACCUUGGGGACUUUUCACAAUCCACAGAAGUUCAUUUCACCUGUGACAGUCAGGACAUUUCAACAGUUGGGCAACAGAAUGGCACUAUAAUACAGGUUUGCUCCAACCAACCUUGUGAGACCCCUGACGCAAGCACUUCCAGCACUUCCACAGCCAACUUAAGCCCUCUACCCAUGGGCAUGGGACAGAUUCUGUGCUUAAAUUCUCCAUCUGAGACCCAUGAAACAGAUACCACCAAUACAGCCACCACAGCCAUAUCUAGCAUUAGUGGACAAAAUGUCUGCUCCGGUCCUCCAUGUGAGACCCAUGAAACAGGAACCACUAGUACAGCCACUACAGCCACUGCCAACAUGGGCACUACGCAGCCAGCACCUAGCAACCCUCAGUUUGAAAAAUACACAGGUGAUAGUCAGCCCAGCAUGAGUGGGGAGCUCCAAGGAUCUUGGUCUCCCACCAUGCUUUCAUGCCAAACUCAUCAGAGUAGCUCAGCCAACAUUGCCCUAACUACAGAAUCCACAGAGGUAACGUCAGCAACCACCAAUCAGGUUUGCCAAAAGUUCUCAUUCAGAGAGGUCACUACUAGUAUUGGUAAUAAGGGGCUUUAUAUCCCAAAUAUUAAAGCUGAGCAAACAAGCCCAUCUACUAUGACAGGUUUUAACCCACUAAGGUGGACAAAUUGGCACUCUGAGACACAUGAUAUUCACAAAAACAAUGUCCCCACCAUGGGACAGCUGAAUACAGAUGCCAAGGAAACCACUGAGAUACAGACAUCCACUAAAUAUUUGUGCUCAAAACACCAAAACAACCUGACCAUAACUCCAAAAGCCACAGAAACACAGUGUUCUGUGGCUACUAUACCUCUCCUAUGUUCUGAUCCUCUUUGUGAAAUCUAUGAGACUGGUAUUAACUCAGCUAGGGACAAUGCCCAACAAGUAUGCCAUAACCCACCAUGUGAAAUUCAUAAAACAAAUAUAAGUACAGCCACUACUACUACCUCCUGUAUAUUCAUUAAUCAUAAUAGUAUGCAGCAAACAAUUCUUAGCACCACCGAGGCAGUUAUUAGUGAGAACAAAGAGCCUCUCUGUGGUUCCAGCCCUCCCCAUAAAACCUUGGAGACAGGUUCAGAUUUAGUAUUACUACCAACUGCCACAACUAUUCCCAGGAUCAGACCCCCCUCAGGAGUCAAUUCUGGAGAAAAACUGUGUUCUAAUCCCCCAUGUGAAACCCAUGAGACUGGUACCACGCACACGGCUACCACUGUCAUUUCAAACAUGGGCUCCAACAAAGCUCCUCCUCCAACUAGUAGUGGACAAGAAGAUCUAGGGAACACACAAGAGACUUCUGUGAUUGCCACCACUUCCAGCAUCAUGACAACAGCUAUUUCUACCCAGUCAAGGGCAAUAACCACUGUGACACAGUCUACAUUGGUCCCCAGCCCUUCAGUUCCAAAUAUCUCGUUAAUGAUAGAAACACCUCCAGAGGAGAAAAUGAAGAAAGUUCCUGAUCCAGAUGCAAUUUCAGGGACUUUGCCUAGCACAGAGGCACCUCUUUCUGCUACAUAUAUGUUAGAUUCAGAUGAAAUAAAAGCUAAGGAAGAGUCAAGAGAAAAACUGCCACCACUCCUCCUGCAGCCCACUCAGUACUCAGGGUCAACUAUGGAAGAACAGUCACAGGUUCCCAAGAGCCAGGUGGCUUUGGACAUAAGUGUUACCAAGGAAUUCCCACCAGACCAAAACCCUAACAACUCGGCUAUAGUGACUGCUGUAAUGGUGCAAAAUCCUCAACAAUCUGAAGUGGAUCAGCUUCCUUUGUCCCAUGAAUUGAUGGCUGAGGGACAGGUGGGGACCACAACACUAAUGGUUUCAGGACUUUCCCCAGAAGAGCUUGCAGUCACUGCAGCAGCUGAGGCUGCAGCCCAUGCAGCAGCCAAUGAGGAAGCCCAGGCUUUGGCCAUACAAGCUGUGCUACAGGCUGCCCAAAAAGCUGUAAUGGGUACUUCAGGGGAGCCCAUGGACACAUCAGACACAGCAGUGAUACAAACAGAACAGGACCACCUCCCCACAGAAGCCCAAGAAGGUCAAUCUACUGCCAUUCCCAUUGUAUUGACCCAGCAAGAACUUGCUGUCCUGGUACAGCAGCAACAUCAAUUACAGGAGACCCAGGUCCAGCCACAGCAGCAGCAUCAACACCACUUCCCUACUGAGGCCCUGGCUCCUGCUGACAGUCUCAAUGACCCAACCACUGAGAGCAGUGGACUUAGCGAUGCAGCCAGUGCUGUUACCAGCACAGUAACUCUUAUGUCUUCUGCAGCUACAGGGAGUCUGGCAGCAUCUAAUACAUUUGUGACCCCUCCAUCUAUAGUGGUAGCCAGCCCAGCCAAAAUGCAGGCUGCAACUGCCUUGACUGAGGUAGCCAGUGGUAUGGAGUCAGUAUUGAAACCUAAUCUACCAACCCCAUCCAUCAAAGCAUCCAUGAAGAAGGAAAACCAGUGGUUUGAUGUGGGUGUCAUCAAAGGCACCAGCAUGAUGGUAACUCAUUAUUUCCUGCCACAUGAUGAUGUUUCAGUUAUGGAUUAUAAUUCCAGCAUUAUUCCUGACUAUAACCAGUUGAAAAAGCAAGAGCUGCAGCCAGGCACAGCCUAUAAGUUUCGAGUAGCAGGGAUAAAUUCCUGUGGCCGAGGACCCUUCAGUGAGAUCUCAGCCUUCAAGACAUGUCUUCCUGGUUUCCCUGGAGCCCCCUCUGCCAUUAAAAUCAGUAAAAACCCAGAUGGUGCCCAUGUUACUUGGGAACCACCUUCAGUGACUUCAGGCAAAAUCAUCGAAUAUUCUGUAUACCUUGCCAUACAAAGCUCCCAGUUAAGUGAUCAGAAGAGCUCAGCCCCAACUCAGCUAGCUUUCAUGCGUGUCUACUGUGGGCCCAAUCCAUCAUGCUUAGUGCUCUCUUCCAGUCUUUCCAGUGCUCACAUUGACUACACCACCAAACCUGCUAUUAUCUUCCGAAUUGCUGCCCGAAAUGAGAAGGGCUAUGGCCCUGCAACACAAGUCAGGUGGCUACAAGAAUCUAGUAAAGAUGGCUCUAAUGCAAAGUCUGCCAACAAGCGGCUGUUGUCCUCCCCUGAAAUGAAAUCAGCUCCAAAGAAAUCCAAGGCUGAUGGUCAGUAAAAGAAGGCUGAUUACCUAGUUCCUUCUUAUUCAGGAAUCUCCACCCUCACUUUUCAUCCUCAACUCUUCUCCAGAGGCACCACUUGCCACCCCUCAACUAUGUAUUAUGUGAGCUGCUGGACACUAUUGCUUCUGUCAUUUUUCUUGAUUGGGAAUUAGUCUUAGAACACAAGUGAUUUUGAAGAAAGCAAAUGUUACCACUGAACUUAAAACUGGGAAAACAGACGAACUCAUAAACUUGUAAUUUAGUACUGCCACACCAUAACUUUCCUCAUACCCAAGUCUUGUGGGUAAAAGUUAUGGUGUUGGGAAGAAGACAUUUCAGUUACCUCAAUCAGACCUUCUGGCCCCUGUAUGUAUACUCAGCUACUCCAUGGUAAACAUUUUUCUUGUUCUGCAUUCAAAGAGACACUUUUUUUUUUAAGGGGGGGGGUUUCUCACAGAAAAACAUUCCUGUGGAUAAAUGUUCCAUCCUUCUAACAGGUAUGAUCAGUGAUUUUCUUGGCAUUAAUCGCUCUGUUGGGUUAGUCCACUUUUUUUUUCUUUUGAGUAUUUACUCACUUAAAUUCUUUAAAUUUGUAGGCUCUUAUCUCCUUCUCAUUAGCAACUCUUUGGAAAAUUAGAGUAUUUCUCAAAGCCUUCUUACCCCAAAUUCUUAUUUAUAUACAUGAAUAUUAAUUCCUGUGGAGAUAACCACAGGUUGGGGUCUUUUGGUUUGUGGGCAGAUUUUCAUCAGUAGAGGUAGAAACACCGCCCCCAUCCCCCAACCCACCAAUUAAAACCCUGUAUGGGGUCAAAGAGAAAAAAUUGAUACAAUGAUGUUAAUAACUUUUAUUAUGCUCUUAAAAUAUGAGAGGUGUUUCAUUUUUAUAUUUUGCCAACUGUACAGAAUAAAUUUGUGUGUGUAUACACUUUUUUUCCCUUGUUAACGUCAUAUGUAGGAACAUUGAAGGAAGAAAACUGGUGGGUACAUGAUACCUGAAAUGGCUUUUAUUUUGUUCAUUGCCUGCAAAAGAUUCAUUGGCAAAGUUGUUUUGGUUUGAUUUGGGCAGGGCUGGAGGGCAGGGUAACUAUUGAUGUUUUUCUUUUUCCUCUCAUUUGACUUUUUCUUGGUAAUCAAGGCAAAAAAAGAAUGUUAAGUCAUCAAGUUUUGUAUUAUUCCCAGUAGAAUUUGAAAGAAGAGAUGCCUUGUUCUUUGUAGCCUCCAUAGGGGUCAAAUAUAGAUAGGAAAUAUGACAUCUCUAUAAUAAUAUGUGGGGAAGAUGGAAUAUAAAAGGAUAAACUUAAAUCUUAUUGAGCAGGCAUCACACAAACAUUAUUUUUUGUUUCUGCAGGGUUUUUUUUUGGUUUGGUUUGGUUUUUGCAGGCAAUGAGGAUUAAAGUGACUUGCCCCCGGUCACACAGCUAUUUAGUGUCAAGUAUUUGAGGCUGGAUUUGAACUCUGGUCCUCCUGAAUCCAGAGCUGAUGCUUUAUCCACUGUGCCAUCUAGCUGCCCCUCACACAAACAUUAAAAAGUGGAGAGGAUCUUAGGUUGAAAAAUAUUUAAUUGUAUGGAUAUCUCUACCAUGUAAAGAUAACAAUGAUGAGACAUGUUGUGAAUGUACCUGGGUAUAGCCAUCUCAAAUUAGAAAAUUCGAAAAUUUUUAAAUUUUUCCUUUCAUCUUAGCUUAUCUAUACUCCCAAAGAAAAGAAUCAUUCAGUGGGGCUAAUUAAUAUAAAAAGGUAGGGUUGUAGAAGAAUAUCCUUUUCCAUAUAUCUUAUUUUUAAAUUGUUAUUUUUAUACAAAUACCAUCCCCCCAAAUUUAAUCUUUUUUACAGCAUAUUGCCAUUAUUUCUAGUACAGUAGGAAGAAAUAGUCACGUUUCUUGUGUUCUUUUCCACAAGUCUACCCUACCACUAUUCCUCCUUCACAAGUCCUACAGAGCUUUUAGAGUUUCUGUUCUUUUGUAUUAUAGUUAUUUCAUUGUGAAAUAUUUUACUGUUUAUCUGUAUAUCUGUUUGCCCAAUAAGAUGUUUUCCUUUGGUUUUACGAAUGUAAAACAUUAAUAUUUUAUUCUCCAUUUUUGAAAAAAAUUUCAUACUUUAGUGAUGUACAAGAAAGAUCCCUUCCUAAACCAGUAUUAGCAUUGUGCUAUCUUGUUUUUGUGAUAUU